UUGUCCUCCUUGCUGUGGCAGGAAGGGGUGGGGGCAGAGCGAUCGGCGCAGCUAUUUUGAAAGUGACCCCCUCAUUCAGGCAGCGACUCUGCAGCUGUCAGGAACCAUGACUGAAGAUGACGGAUUCUGUUGUCGUGGAGGGAUACGCCAGACUCAGAGAUGGGAAAAAGUGGAAGACUAGGUGGCUGGUGUUUCGCAAGCCGUCGCCUGUAGCAGAUUGCCUUGUGUUGGUGGUUUUUAAAGACAAAUCAGACAAAGUCCAGAGCAACAAAGAGAGGACGAGCGUCACGUUGGAGGAGAUCUGCGGCCUGGAGCCUGGACAGUGGUAUGAAGGUGUGGCUUUCACCCUGGCCGUCCUCUGCCUGAACCAGGCGGCUCUGCUGGGCUUCGACAGCAGGGAGGCGCUGCAGGCGUGGGAGCUCCGUCUGCGGUACGGCCUCGGAGAAGUUCACAGAUUCAGUGUUGGGGUUUUACCAGGGACCAAGCUGGAGAGCGGACCUGCGACUCUUCAUCUGUGCAACAACCUCGUGGCCCUCGUCCGCGACUUUCCUCCCCUCAUCAUCGGACACUGGACCUUGCCCGACCUGCGGCGAUACGGACCAGUGCCGAAUGGAUUUGUGUUUGAAGGAGGAACAAGAUGCGGAUACUGGGCCGGUGUUUUUCUUCUUGCAUCUGCAGAGGGCGAGCAGAUCAGCUUCCUGUUCGACUGCAUCGUUAGAGGCAUCUGCCCCAGCAGAGGCCCGUUUGGACUGCGGCCCGUUUUGCCAGAACUCGGCUCAAGUCAGACCAAUUCAGAGGAGAAGCUGAAUCUGGAAGCGCAGGAGCUAGAGAAGCGACUGAGCAUGCUCUCUCAUGUGAGCAGCACAGUCCCGUCCACGUGCUUCCCGUCUGCUGGGGGAGACGACCGCAGCAUAUCUGGCUCCUCCGACACGUCCGACACCAGCCAGUCGGACUGCAGCAUCGGCAGCCGGCUGGCCGUUUGGACCGAGCCCGCCUCGAACCCUGCCGGAAGCGUCUGCCAGGCGGGCGCUAAGGUGGCGCUGCAGACCGCCGAAAAGCUUUCAGCCAGCCAGGGAUGCGGGGGCCGACCUUCAGCCAAGCCGCCCCGCCAGCUUCUGGAGAUCGGCCGCCAGAGCUCUUCGGACAGCGGCAUCGCCACCGCCAGUCAUUCCUCCUACUCCGGGAGCUUCUCCUCCUACACGGGCAGCCUGGACAUCACCCCCGGGGAGGAGUUUGGCUCCGUGUUCAGUUUGCCCCCCCAAUUGGCUCAGGAGCUGAGCCCUUGCAUUUGUCCUUCUGCUCCUGGUCAUGAGUACCAGGCGCCAACAUCGCUUCUUCGGUAUCUCUAUGACUCUCCCAGGAGUGUGUUACAUGAAGCGAGUGGGGGCGACAAAGAAUGCGAGCCCUUCAAAUCAGCUAAAGACUACCCCGUCCCCUCAGAGUCUGUGAAGGCGGGCGCCGAGGUUCACUCAGAGGCUGCAGAUAGACAAUCCCUGGUGGCGCUCACACAGGGCCUCUCAAAGGACGGCAGGAAAACAAGUGUGGUGCCCUCUAGUGGCUCCUCUCAUACCUGCAGCUCCCUCACUGCCUCCAAAACUAUUGUGGCCAUUUGCUCAGUGUGUGGUGGGUUUAAGGGUAAUCCCUACAUCCAAAUGGGUUCUUCAGUGAUUCCAACCCUACCAGUGAAGAAAAUUCUGGAAAAGUCCCGGGCCACUGAAUGCAUCACAGAGUUGUCAAGAGUGCAGCCGGGUGAGGAGGCGAUGCUACCGAAGAGAGGAGAGAGAAAAACAGCCGACCCCUUAUCUGAUCUGUUCAGCUUUCUGAGGGCAGGCAGCCAACCACACACGCUCAACCUGUACGAGGCAAUGAGUCCUGCUCUGGCAAACGAGCUCAUUUUAGCACCAGCUACACCACCGUGGGACUCCCAGCUGGACAAAAGAGCUGUCAUUUAUGAAAACUGUUUGAAGUGUCAAGGAGAGCUCUGCCAACCUCUGCUACAGGUCGCGUCUGCUAAAAACCUCCCCAGCAGGGGUGUUUCUGCUUGUCAAAGCUUCCCAACUGGACUGGACAUGAAGAAAAGCCAAGACAGUGACAGCGCUGCUGAUGAGGAGCAGCUUCAUGAACUCCUCCGAGAUGCUGAUAGACAGUGUCAGCCUGAAGAUGGGAAUGAUUCGACUGGAAAUGAAGAGAAAAAGUUCACUAGUAAAGAAGAGCUGCGCAGAGCAGAUCCUGCUUAUGAGAUCAUGGAGAGUCGUGUGUCGGAGAAACACCCAGAGGCUGAAGAGAAAAGCAAAUAUGAGCUAAUGGGCAGCUACAGCCAGCAGAGGUUGCUCCCAGAGGCUGAAGGUGCAGUGUUUGUUUUCCCUCCAGAGGCUCCGCUUCUUGAGAGACCACGGAGCGAAAGCGUGACAUACGUUAAUAUUCCCGUCAGUCCGACGUCUAAGAAACAACUCAACUACAUGGAGCUGGAGCUGCAGGAGCCGGGUCACAGUACCAAAGGGACUGUCGCACCACUACCGGCUCAGAGAAAGAGCUCCACCAAGUAUGCCCAGAUUGACAUCACCGCAACCGAGAUGGCCCACAAAGCUGGUACCCAGCAUGCCCUGGGCCGGCAGGAGGGGCUGCACACUCUGGAGCUGAAAAGAAAGGGUACGCCGCAUUGACUCCGAUGAAAGGCUGAGCCCAGCGGGAUGGUUUUACCAUGACAUGGGGCUCACCACACCGGACUGUCUGCAUCGGUCGUAGUCAGUAAGGACCUAGAGGGGGGGGGUUUCUUUUCUGUUCUUUUACAUACUCUCAUUACAGAUUAGGUUUACGUAUGCUGGAGUACCAGAGCAUGUGUCCACUUUGUUAGGUGGACGUUUGCUUCUAUAAUCCGGAAGCUGUUAUAAGGUUUUGCAUGAAGUCAUGUGCAAUAUUUCUAUUAUGUUGUCUCAGAACUUGGUUGUAUCAUUAUGUCAUCUUGAGGAGAGGGUACCGGUCCGGAGAUGAGUCACGGCACAAAUAACCCAACAAAGUUGCCUAAAACUCUUUGAACGUGUUCAGAUGUGGUGUAAACCGUCCUCCAGUCUUACUCAGAGAGCUGUGCAGGAGAAGUAAAUGAUGAGUUAUGGUGAGGAGGCGAAUCUGUAGUGGUGUCAUACUUCAACGCUGCGCCAUGGCGACCUGUGUUAGCCUGCUAUAACCAGCAGACGCUGUUUAUUGUAUGAACAGAGUCUCAAUGCUGCUUUCUUUCUUUCUUCUGUUCUCAUUGAAUGGGAUUUACUGUUUAAAAAAAAAAAACUGUUUCUGAAUUCUUCCAACUGGAGAAGAAUAAUGUUUGCAGAUUUCCAUUUAAUAUUUAAAAUUACGAUUAUGCUUAUUUUGUUUUAAGGUUUUCCUUAUUCUUUGUAGGUAGAUUGACCUAUAACCCCAAGCAGAUUAUUGUAUUGUAGUUUUUGUCUCAUCUUCUGCGCCGUUUUAACUUAUGUUAACUUCUACAACAUAUUUAUUUCAAGUAUAACAUUUACAUACAACGUGGAGGUGUAAAGUUUAGAUAUUUGGAGAAUGUAUAAUUCCUGAUUCUUGAGGUAGCAUAUUCUUUUCUUUAUUUUCUUGCGAGUUAUUUAUAGCUAGACCUUUGUGUGUUUUUUAAGCAUUACAUGAUCACUGUGUGCAUCUGUUGUCAGAAAUUUACAUACACUCAUCAAGUGCACAAAUUUCAUUUUAAUUUGGGGAUUUUAAUUAUUCAUUUGAACAGUUAGUUUUCCAGGGUGACAAAACCUCAAUGAACUGUUGAUAAAAAAAACUAUGUAUGUAAAGUAUGUAAAUUUAAAUGUAUUAAUUUUCUGUAAUGCACACUUGGUCUAAUACAUACAUGCACCCUCAGUGAUAGAUGUAACUUAGCAAGCCCUAACCCUGCCCUUUUCUGUGAGCAUCAACAAAAUUCUAGCUGCUUAUUUUCUCUCUUCUAGGCAGAAUUUCCUAAGGCUGGAUGGUUUCCUUGCAUUAGUACUGCUGUUGCAUAUGUCCACACCUUCUUAGUGUGGUUGGGGGCAGGGCCUUUCCAGUAGCUUAAUGUUAGCCUCCCUUAUCCUUUCAAAAAACAAUUUUGAUGUGUUUGCAGGUCAUUGUCCUGUUGGAACUACCAAUUCAGUCUCAGUUUCAAGCAUCUAGCUGUUGAAUUGAGGUAAAGAUGAAGAAUUUAUAGGUAGUCUGCAUUAUUCCAGCCACUUUACGUGAUGCAGUGGUGCCACUAACGACAGAACAGCCCCACGGCAUGCCUCCGCCCCUCCCAUGCUUUAUAGUUGGUGCAACAGUGUUAGGUUUGAAAGCAUCGCCUUGACUCCUCCAGACAUAAUUCAUGACACCGAGGCUAAAUAGCUGCAACUUUGAUUCCAGUGAGCAUUAAAGCUUUCUCCAGAAAUUUGCUCACUCAUGCAGGUAGCUGCAAGUUUUAGCCAGGCUUGAAGGGGUACAUUUUCUAACAUAGGCUUCUUUCUUGGUCUUUCUUGGUCGUAGGGUAGUCACACUGGUGUUGAUGUUUUCCAUUUCAUUGCAGCCUCGUGACAUGUUCCUGAAUUUUAUAAUUUCCUUCCAUCUGAGGCUGUUAUUUUUGUCUUUUUCUGUAAAGUGGUGAAAAUUAUUAUGACCUGGAAAAAUAAUUAUGAAUAGUUAUUCAAAAGGCCUUUAUUGAUAAUAUUUAUGCCAACGAUAACUGUAUGUAAACUUCUGACCAGAACUGCUCAGCUGAAUUCCAGUCAGAUGCGAUAUUUAUUUCCUUCAAAUGACAGUAACAGAGCAGCAUUUCUAAGAAACCGUUGAACAACAUUAGUGAAUCCACAUGCAUAAAACAGAGUUAUGCAGUGGUUAACCAACGGUUUUCUGGAAAAACCCCUGCAGAAGGCAACAAAUAAACCACAUUGUCAGCAUAUCAUAAAAAGAGAUGUCCUUUCAUCCUGACACUUGUAAUAAGUUAGAAGAUAAAGAUGAUGUUAUUGUAGCUUUCAUUUGACACUUUAUUUAAGGUAAUACUCCAGGACAACCACGAAGAAAGAGGAUGGCUCUGCAGGGAAUGUAUGUAAGUGUAAAAAUAAAAAGAAUAUAAAUCUGCUUUUAUAAAGGGACUUCAUGGCUCAAAUCUGCAAACCAAACAUGUGACAGUAUAUUAAAUGUGAGACAAAUUUGAUAAUUCCUGAACAGAACAUUUUUCCUGCAUCUGAAGGUAAUGAUGGAUUACUUGGUGUUCAGACGAAGGUCUGAGUCUGAGAUUCAUUAAAUGCUGCAAACCCUUCAGAUGAUCAAUGUUGUAAAAGGUUAGUGUCCCCUAUCUGUGGUUGAUUUGGCUGAUAAGUAUAUUUUAAUUAAGACAGCUAUAGUAUGUUAAUGUUAUUCAGUGAUAAAGAGAACUGAAUUGCCGUCAUUUCCAAAAAAUAUGUAAAUUGUAAAUAAAUUAUAGUGAAUUAAAAAAACAUUCAAACCUACAUUAACUUUAUAUUGAUUGCUGAAUUUUUCAAGGAGCUGAAAAAGCAGCUGGGGUCUGUACCUGAGGUCUUUCAGAAGGAUGUGGAGUACAACCUGGACAGGUCAACUUUAGAAACGAUAAUAGAAAAAGAAAGAAAAUGAACAAAUUGAAAAUAUCAAAAACUCACUGGGCGGAAUAUCUGGCCGACUUGACAGUAACUUGGAGCUGGACCUAUGUUUUUUUAAAAGUGAAACUAAGCAGUGGCUCAUAACAAAAUCUGUUUUACAGCAACACUUAUACGGUUAAAACAUGUUUUAAUACACUUUAUUAUGUAAAUAAAUAAUUUGCAAAGUGUAUUCUUCAUUUUUAUGUUUCUUUUGGUGUAAUGGCUUCUUCCUCACUGAGUGGCGGUUCAGCCCAUUACGAACUGUAGCCAGAUUCCUCACAAGGUCGGUCGCUGUUGUUUUGGAGUUGAUUUGCACAUUUCACACCAAACCCCAUUCAUCUCCGAGACACAGAACCCAUCUUCUUCCUCAGCAUUCCCACGUUAUUUAUACUGGCUAUAAUUGUUCAAUAAUAAACGUGACAACUUCACCUACCAGUUGAACCCAGGCAUGGACCACAUUUCUUAAGGUUCACAAUAUUCUUCCUGAUAUCUUGUCUGAUUUAAUUUGGCUUUUAUGUGACGUCAAAGAAGGAAACAACGUGUAUGAGUCUCUGUUCCAAACUGCAUCCAAGUGUGUGUCUUCAUAUAACUCAAUGAGGUUUACAAUAGCAUGACACCAUCAUCCAGGUGCCGUUUAGUGUUGAUGUAAACAAUCAAAUUCUAAGAAAGCAAUCAUAAACUCUCUGAAACAAUCUCUCUUUAAUUAUUCUGGCAUUUAGCAAAUAAAAAUCCUUUUGCUCCUCCUAACAGACCUACACCGGACCUAAGGUUGAGUCUGAUUUAACAUCAGACAGUAUGGAAAAUACGCAAUUACAGCACAGUGUAUGAAAAUGGUUUUAACUGUAUCAAAAGUGGGAGAGAUCCACCUCAGAUGGAUAAGGUUUGAGAGGGAAGUGAGUAGCCGUCCCUUUCACACCCAUUUAGCGGCACCACACCUAAGGCAGACAGGAUUCUGUGGUGUAAAUCACUGCUUGUGUUCAAGCACACUUCAGUGAAACAACUGUGAAAAUCCCUAAUAGCUGAAUGAAAGUUAAAACUCCGCCAUCCAAAACACGAAAGCACCAAGAGGAUGGAUGGCUGCUUACAUAUCCUCUGCCCCCCGAAUUCAGUUACAAUAAGCUGUGGUACAUGUUGAAAAUGUAUUGUUUUCUAAAGAGGACCUAAACCACACACAGCUCUAGAGCAACUACUUAUGAUGGCAUGGACAGCUAGUAUUGAUGAUGAUGAUGAUGAUGAUGAUGAUGAUGAUGAUGAUGAUGAUGAUGAUGAUGAUGAUGAUGAUGAACUUGGUUGUCCCAAAGGAAAUGUGUCUUGGGUACAGACUCUGGCUGCUACAUAGUCCAAACCAUGGCUGUCACACUACAUUCACACAUGAAAACACUACUAUAAAAUAAGUGCAUUAAGGAAGCAUGUCACAAUACAUUCACAAUAAAAUAAAAAACAAAUUAUAAAGACCCUUCUAUAAAGAAUCUGUUAUAAGACAAAUUAAUAUAUAAAGAAGCAUGUCAGUUUAGUUUAAAGGUUUGGAUACCAUUGCCUACUUCCACAAUUUACUGUUUGGUACUGUGUAUUGCUUUAAUGGAAAGGAGAAAAUAUAAGUUCUUACAGUGGUUCAGUCUACAGGCAGGGACUCUAAGACGUCGACCUGAAGGAAGAAAUCGAUACAAAUAAAGAAUAUGAGUGA